UUCAGUGACCUGUUUUACAUGGAUAUAAAGACGGGAACUGAACGAGUGGUGUCAGACUGCAUCUUGCUGUCUAAAGAGGUGAUAUUUCACAAUGAGGCGUGCUGCAGCUUUUCUGGCGUUGCUGCUCUGUCUGUACUGGACGAGGGCUCAGGGUGAGAGUGGAGGGCUGACAGGGAAUGAUAUCACUCAGACGGAGAUUCAGUCUGAGAUCCUGGGUGUCAAAUCAACCAGUGAUCAGACCAACAUCACCCCUGACAUCUGGGCUGAGCUGAAGGAGCUGAGAGACAUGGCCAUCCAACACAGUGUGGAGCUGAGGAACAGCAAGAGCAAGAUGGAGAAUCUGGAGCAGGAGAAUACAGCCAUACAGGCCAGACUGACAGCCAGUGAAUGGAAGAAUGCAGUUUUGGAAAAUGUGGUCAAAGAGCUCCAGAGAGAGAACACAGAUCUUCUAGACAGAGUAACAUCAUUGGAAGAUAAGAACAAAGUGUUGGAGGCCAGAAUGAACGCCAGUGAAAACGAGGUGGAGGAGCUCAAGAGACAGAGUGCAGAUCUUCUAGACCGAGUAACAUCAUUGGAAGAUAAGAACAAAGUGUUGGAGGCCAGAAUGAACGCCAGUGAAAACGAGGUGGAGGAGCUCAAGAGACAGAGUGCAGAUAUGAUGACCAGAAUGAACGCCAGUGAAAACGAGGUGGAGGAGCUCAAGAGACAGAUUGCAGAUCUUCUAGACAGAGUAACAUCAUUGGAAGAUAAGAACAAAGUGUUGGAGGCCAGAAUGAACGCCAGUGAAAACGAGGUGGAGGAGCUCAAGAGACAGAGUGCAGACCAACCAAAGGUGGCGUUCUCUCUUGGUCUCACUGACGACGGACAGAUUGGACCCUUCAAUACUGACAUCACACUUAAGUUCAGUAAAGUCUUCACCAACUUUGGUCAGGGCUACAGUCAAACUACAGGUGUCUUCACAGCCCCAGUCAAAGGAGCCUACUACUUCUCAUUCACUACACUGGAUAACCGGGGUGUUGUAAGCACUCGUGUUUUUCUCCAUCAAAAUGACAAGAAAGUGUUGAGCAUUCAUAACCACAAUGCAAAUGGCUGGGAAAAUGUUUCUAAUUCACUGGUUCUUCAGCUGGAAAAGGGGGACAUGGUCUAUCUGGUUUUACCUGCUGGCCAUACUGUAUUCGAUGAUACUAGGAAUUUUACUUCCUUUAACGGAUUUUUGCUUUAUCCACUGUGAGACUCAAACAUGAGAAUUGAUUUACCCCCAAAUGUUUGGCAUAGUGUAUAAACAAGUCAUACAGUAUUCAUGUGUAUAUGAAAGGAUGCACAUUGUUGCUGUGUUGACUUUGCUCUGCAACAAACUACAUAUGAAAUAAAAGAAUGAAUAUGAGGUUAAA